UGAAUCAGCUGUUGUAUUGUUGGAAGAGAAAACCAUCCACACGUCUAAGAAACACCAUGCUACUUAUUGGUGUAGCUUUAAAAUGUAUUACAAAUAUUUUGGAGGGAAUCCACCCUUGUAUACGUCAUUUGCCUAAUGACGCACGAGUGGAAUAGUGCCGUCUCAUUUCAAACGAGCGCAAUUCCAUCCACAUUCUCUCCAUUUGACCCUUAUCAAAAGGAGGCGAGAAAGUGAGGACGGAGGAGAGAGGUCGCAGGAGGUUCCAAUGCGCCCUCCUGUGACUUGCAGGGAAAGUUUAAAGUCCCCCGGUGAACACACAGGAGGUUGACACCUGGGACAAGUAUCGGAGAGGUCAAGCUGUAACCUGAUAGUGAACCAAUUUAUUUGUUUCUCUGGAAAUGCCAUCGCAAUGUCCCUCGGGCUGUUUACUGUUUGAUAACACAUGGAGCAGAUGGGUUCUUCACUUCUGCAGGACGGAGUGAUGUCUAGCUGGUUGAAGGACGGGGAGGUGUUGACAGGUGAGGGAAGUGUAACUGCAUCCCCAUGCAGCCGCAGACAGCGGAUCUUGUCAACGCCAGGUGGAUGUGGCAGUCUCAGGCCGGGUGGCAGGGGGGUAGGGGUGCGCGGCCAUGGGGGGUCACCUAGCUUCAAGGAAGGGGUGUCCGGGAUGCUGCAGCCAGAGACCAUGGGGAAGGCCAAAGAGCUGUUUGUUCUCUGUGAUAAAGAAGGAAAAGGCUUCAUCACCAAGAGAGAUAUGCAGAGACUGCAGGGGGAGUUACCUCUCUCCCCAGAACAGCUGGAGUCUGUUUUUGAGAGUCUGGACAGAGACAGAAACGGAUUCCUAACUCCUGUCGAGUUUAACAUGGGCCUUGCAGGGGAGUUGAUGGGGGUGGAGGAGAGCACAGAGAAAAGGCAGACAGAGACUGAGGAAAACGAAGACCUAGAAGAACUCCGAUUUAUUCAGAUACUGACGGAGCUGGGAGCUGACAAACUCUUCAAAGAUCAGUGCGAGCUGGGUACCCUGUGGUGUGCUCUCCAGAGAGACAGACCAGAGCUGCUCUCUAUCCUGGAGGAUGUCCUAGUCCACGCUGUGUCUCAUCUACAAGACUCACUGAGGGAGAGAGACAGUUUGGAACUGGCUCUACGCAGACGGGAGAGUGACCACGACAGGGUGGUUCGGUCCAUAUACGAGGAGAUGGAGAGUCAGAACAGAGAGGAGAGAGAGAAACGACUCGCUCAGGACAGUAUCAGACAGUGGGACAGAAGACAGAAGAUUGCUGAGGAGCUGAAGACGAGGGAGCAGGAACUGGAGACCACCCUGGCCAAGCAGAGAGAGCUGGAGGCUCGUAUCCAGGCGCUGGGCUUUGAGCAGGCAGACAUCAGGGUGCAGAAUCAGAAGCUCCACAGUCUGAACAUACAGCUCCAGGAGCAGCUAGAGACCAGCCGGGAGGAGCUACAGAAAGCCCUGAAACAAUUAAAGUUCCUUCAGUCAAACACUGCCCAGGAGGAGAGGAGCAGAGAGAGUGUGUUUCUCUCUAGGACUGUGCUCAAGGUCUCCAAGAACAUGCAGAAAGAAAAAGACAGUCUGCAGAGGCAGUUGGAGUUACUGAGGGAUAUGAACAAACGUCUGAGAGAUGAGAAAGACACACAUCAGUCCCAGAAGAGGCCUCCUAAUGUCAGGAAGCCUCUGCAGAAGAAAGGCUCAGUGAUAGGGAACUACAUACUGCCAGACAAGCCAAUCGAAAGACAGCUGAGCUCUUUCAGCCAAUCAGAGCUGGAGCUGGCUUCAGAUGGGAUACCAUUUAACUCAUCCAAGAGAAGACAGGCAUUCAGAGAACACAGCUGUGGCGAUAAUGGACGGAUUGAAGCAAUACAGGCCAGACUGACCAGCCCCCACCCUCAGAGGGUAUUCAAGGUGGUGUUUUUGGGGAACUCGGGAGUGGGCAAGAGCUCCUUCAUCCACCACUACUGCAAUGGACACUUCCCCAACACACUGGGUUCUACUGUGGAUUCGUGCUGUGACACUGGGCUCCACCACCAUCGCUCUUCAGCUCUGGGAUACUGCAGGACAGGAGAGGUUUGUGUGUGUGUGUGUGUGUCAGUGGAGGCUCCUCAGAGGAGGAGGGGGAGGACAAUCUUCCUCAGUGAAUUUCAGAAAAAUAGAUGAUGUGAUACAAAAAGUUAUCUUAUUUAGAUACAACUAUAGUAAAUAUAUUCACCUGACCAAAUAAUUGAUUAAAACCCUGUUUUGCAAACAAGGUCUACUGUAGCCUCAACAGCACUCUGUAGGGUAGCACCAUGGUGUAGCUGGAGGACAGCUAGCUUCCGUCCUCCUCUGGGUACAUUGACCUCAAUACAAAACCUAGGAGGCUCAUGGUUCUCACCCCGUUCCAUAGACUUACACUGUAAUUAUGACAACUUCCUGGAGGACGUCCUCCAACCUAUCAGAGCUCUUGCAGCAUGAACAUGUUGUCCACCCAAUCAAAGGAUCAGAGAAUGAAUCUACUACUGAAAGCAUACGCUACAGCUAGCUAGCACUGCAGUGCAUAACAUGUGGUGAGUAGUUGAUGCAACGAGAGAGAGAGAGAGACAAUAGUUGAACAGUUUUUAACAAAUUAAUUUAUUCAAAAAUUAAAAGAGAACGAGAGAGAGAGCUAUAUUUCGUUGCGUAUAUCUUUUUCACUUUUACUUACUUAGCUAGCGAAUGCAGCUAGCUAGUUUAGCCUACUCAAACACCUGGCAAAAACAGAGAGGAAUGCUAUGUUAGCUAGCGGGCUAUGGCUAUCCAACAGAGAGGGAUGCUAUGCUAGCUAGCUGGCUAUGGCUAUCAAACACAGCAGGAUGCCAUGAGAGCUAGCUGCAGUGCAUAACAUGUGGUGAGUAGUUGACGCAAUGAGAGAGAGAGACUAUAGUUGAACAGUUUUUAACAAAUUAAUUUAUUCAAAAACUAAAAGAGAACGAGAGAGAGAGCUAUAUUUCAUUGCGUAUAUAUUUUUCACUUUUACUGACUUUGCUAGUGAAUACACCUAGCUAGUUUAGCCUACUCAAACACCUGGCUAGAACAGAGAGGGAUGCUAUGUUAGCUAGCGGGCUAUGGCUAUCCAACAGAGAGGGAUGCUAUGUUAGCUAACUGGCUAUGGCUAUCAAACAGAGAGGGAUGCUAUGUUAGCUAGCUGGCUAUGGCUAUCCAACAGAGAGGGAUGCUAUGUUAGCUAGCGGGCUAAGGCUAUCAAACAGAGAGGGAUGCUAUGUUAGCUAGCGGGCUAAGGCUAUCAAACAGAGAGGGAUGCUAUGUUAGCUUGCUGGCUAUGGCUAUCAAACAGAGAGGGAUGCUAUGUUAGCUAGCGGGCUAAGGCUAUCAAACAGAGAGGGAUGCUAUGUUAGCUUGCUGGCUGUGGCUAUCAAACAGAGAGGGAUGCUAUGUUAGCUAGCUGGCUAUGGCUAUCAAACAGAGAGGGAUGCUAUGUUAGCUAGCGGGCUAAGGCUAUCAAACAGAGAGGGAUGCUAUGUUAGCUAGCGGGCUAUGGCUAUCAAACAGAGAGGGAUGCUAUGUUAGCUUGCUGGCUAUGGCUAUCAAACAGAGAGGGAUGCUAUGUUAGCUUGCUGGCUAUGGCUAUCAAACAGAGAGGGAUGCUAUGUUAGCUAGCGGGCUAUGGCUAUCAAACAGAGAGGGAUGCUAUGUUAGCUAGCGGGCUAAGGCUAUCAAACAGAGAGGGAUGCUAUGUUAGCUUGCUGGCUAUGGCUAUCAAACAGAGAGGGAUGCUAUGUUAGCUUGCUGGCUAUGGCUAUCAAACAGAGAGGGAUGCUAUGUUAGCUAGCGGGCUAAGGCUAUCAAACAGAGAGGGAUGCUAUGUUAGCUUGCUGGCUAUGUCGAGUCGCAAUUUAAUGGCUCAGACACAGUAUUAUGUGGCAGGGUCUACAGGAAAUCACGGUCUACAAAUACAAAAACAGCCACGUCACUGAUACCGACGUCACGCUUCCAGACAAACUAAACACCUUCUUUGCCCACUUUGAGGAUAGUACAGUGCCACCGUCGCGGCCCGCUAACAAGGACUGUCCCCCCCUCUCCUUCUCCUUGGUCGACGUGAGUAAAACAUUUAAACAUGUUAACCCUCGCAAGGCUGCUGACCCAGAUGGCAUGCAGACCAGCUGGCUGGUGUGUUUACAGACAUAUUCAAUCACUCCCUAUCCCAGUCUGUUGUCCCUUCAAGAUGGCUACCAUUGUUCCUGUACCCAAGGAGGCAAAGAUAACUGAACUAAAUGGUGUGUGUGCUCAGCCCCCUCCUGUACUUCCUGUUCACCUACGACUGCGUGGCCAUGCGUGCCUCCAACUCAAUCAUCAAAUUUGCAGAUGACACAACAGUAGUGGGCUUGAUUACCAACAACGAUGAGACAGCCUAUU